UCGGGCAGAAAAGGGCGGUCCAAAGUGCCGGGGCUUAGCGCAGGUGAACCAUAUUUCUUGCGGCAGAUCGUCUCCGGUAGUAGAGCAGCGAGCGCGCCUUGACUAUCCGCUCGUCUUCGACUUGGUCCGACUCCUCCAACUACCUCAACUACAGGCUGACGAUGCUGCGACAGACAGUGCUGCUGACGCUGCUGGCGGCCGCGCUGGCGCAGGCACCGGGCAUGAAGCCGGAGAACCGCGAUUCCAGCUAUGCCACCUACGAUCCCUCCUACCAGACGUACAGUGCCCAGCCAUACCCGUACCAGUCGGGCGGACACGGCAAGUACGGUCUGGGCUCGAUCUUGGCCGGCGUGGCGCUGCCAUCCGUCAACGACAUCAUCACCGGCAUCAUCUACGUGGUGGCGGUGGCGUCGGUGGCCGGCAUCGCGCUGGUGGGCGUGGCGCUCGUCCUCAAGCUGCUCGGGCUGAAGCUGCCGCUCAUCGCCGACCUGAAGAAUCAGGUGCUCUCCAAGGUGGACAAGGUGGACGCGCGCAUGCUGGAGUCGGCCUGGGACAUCCUCAACAGUUCGAUAGAAAAGUUCCAGAAAUUGUAGGCGGGCACAGGGAGGCGGAACCGCCGCGGCUCGACGCAGAUGGUUCCGGACGAUUUCGCUUGUGUGCGUUUGUACAUUCCGCGAUGGUCGAUGAGGGUUGUGAUGAUUCCUGGACAUAUGGCUUAGGCUGACAGAGGAGGACGCUGGACGUCCUGCAGCUUAUUAUAAGUGCUCAUUAUGUUGCUGUAUAAUACAAAUCGCCACGACGGUGUCUCGGCUUUGUUGUGUCGACCGAGCCCCUCAUUCCUCUCGCGACAUUUGCCUGCUGCGCGCAUGCUUUGGAAACCUAGGUGUGUGGGAGUUUGAUGUAGCCUAGCAACUAUCUACAUCGUUCAUGUGUCAAUUUUCUAUAACUGUGUAUUUAAGUGUGCCUUAUUGUCAUAAGUUAAAUAAAUGAUGCAUAGCUUUUA